GUUGCUGGGAUGAUGGCGGCUGGGACUGGAAAGCAUAAGUUGCUGAGUACUGGCCCAACUGAACCAUGGUCAAUUCGAGAGAAGUUAUGCUUGGCAUCAUCAGUGAUGCGGAGUGGAGAUCAGAACUGGGUAUCAGUUAGCAGGGCAAUUAAACCUUUUGCAGAACCUGGACGGCCACCAGACUGGUUUUCACAAAAGCAUUGUGCGUCACAGUAUUCAGAACUGUUGGAAACAACAGAAACACCCAAACGGAAGCGUGGUGAGAAAGGAGAAGUUGUGGAAACUGUGGAGGAUGUAAUUGUUCGCAAGCUCACCGCUGAGCGAAUUGAUGAGCUAAAGAAACUUAUUAAAGAGACUCAGGAGAAAUACAGAAAGGUGAAGAGAGAAGCAGAACUGAUCCAGGCUGGCCAUGUAGAUAGUAAACUUCAGGAAACUUGGAAUGACAUUGCUGCAAAGAAGAAACUUGAGGAGGAGGAGGCUGAAAUGAAAAGGCGUGCAACAGAAAGUGCUUAUCAGGCCCGUCAGGCAGCAAGAAAUGCCCCCAAGAGACUGACUAAUUUGCCCAUCCGGUCUCCAAUGGAGUCGAGUUCUCCUGGAAUAGACUACUCUGUGACAGAUACACAACAGGCCAGUGAGGACAGCCACACUAGUUUGGUGUCGAUGAACAUUGGAAGUGCUCCGACUAUUCCAGUGAUCUCAGCCCCUGAGACUCCUGGACCUGCUGUUACCUCCACUAAUCUUGAAACUCCUCUGACUCCUGUUUUGGAGGAUUCGCCCCAGAAAAAGUUAUUGGGGCAGAAGGCCACGCCUCCACCCUCUCCACUGCUAUCUGAGCUCCUGAAAAAAGGGAGUCUCCUGCCUACCAGUCCUAGGCUUGUCAGUGAUGUUGAUCUCCAGGUGAAUUCUACACAUGUCACUAGUCCCAGUGUUCAUGUUGAGAUGGGAACAGGUGUGUCAACCCUGCAUGUUCCAGAGCUGCAACCGACUUGUACCAGUGUACCAGUAUCUCCAGCGCCUACAGGAGCCCCUACUCUGUCAAGGCUUUUGGAGGUCGGCCUCUCGCAGUUCACAUCACCUUUCGUUCCCUUCUCUACCAUCAGCCGUGAGGCACCACCUCCAGUUAAACCUAUGCAAAUUCUAACUGACCAGGUGUAUUCAGCCACCACCGCAACCAUGACGCAGAAGAGCAGCAGGACAGUUGAGGAAACCACCAUUUGUGUUCAGGUAGAGAGCUGUGUGGAGCAGCCAGCUCUCUCAGUACCUGGAGAUCUGGCCGGCUUCUCUGUGUUGAUUGACUCUGGAGAAAGUAGGUGCCUGCCAUCUGGCACUCUGCAGAUCGCAAGACAAAGAGAAAGCAUUGUAGAUCAGCACCGGUCAAAGCAACUUGAAGGCAAUGUUAAUACAGGAGUAUCUGAUUAUACAAAUGUUCUUCAUCUGGGAAACCCUGCAGACAUCCUAGCAAUUAUUGAAGAAAAGGUGGAGGAAACACCAGAGCUGAUUGAUCUUCCUACUGAUGUUGGAGAGCAGCUAGCAGCUACUGAGGGAAACCCUGCCUCCCUAUUUCAGGCAGAGCAGAUGAUAAAGGAGGAAACCGAAGAAAUCCAGCAACAGACUCACAAGUUGGAGCAUCGAUCCAGUGAUGAGACUCAAAUGUUGGCUGGAUUGGACUCUGCAAACAAUUUAGUUAUCAAAGGAAUUAAACAGGAAUUGUCAGAGCAAAUAGAGGAAGAGCAAGAUCAGGAAGAAGAGUCCAAUUCAGGACAUGUGCAACAGAUGGGAAGUGCAGGAAAAAUGGCAAAUUUUCCAGUCCUGAAAUCCGAGGUGAGAUGGCACUUGGAAUGGAACAUGCUUUGCCAAGGAGCGCCAUGCGAAGUAAAAGCACAUCUGAGGAAACAUCACAUCCCUUGCCACGGAGCACCGCACGAAGCAAAAAGUACCUCUGAGGAAAUUGGACAAGCCACAAAGGAAGAGACUGGAUUAGUUUUAAAGGGACAAAUCAAGCUGCAGGAGAUGCUUAUUCCCAAAGAGGAAGAUGGAGCUAGUGAAGCUGCCAGUGUGGAUGAGACCAGGGAGGAGGAACCAAAUGAAGUUUAUAUGUCAGAAACUGAUAACGAACCACCUGUCAGUGAAAGUGAUGAUGGAUUCAGCAUUCACAAUGCUCAUUUGCAAUCAUCAGUCCUUGCUGAUUCAAUACCCAGCAGCCCAGCUUCCUCUCAGUUCUCAGUUUGUAGUGAAGACCAGGAAGCCAUUCAAGCUCAAAAAAUUUGGAAGAAGGCUAUUAUGCUGGUGUGGAGAGCAGCUGCUAAUCACAGAUAUGCCAAUGUAUUCCUUCAGCCAGUAACGGAUGAUAUUGCCCCAGGAUAUCAUAGCAUUGUACACAGACCAAUGGAUUUGUCUACAAUAAAGAAAAAUAUAGAGACUGGUUUAAUUCGCACAACAGCAGAAUUUCAGCGGGAUAUAAUGCUGAUGUUCCAAAACGCAGUGAUGUAUAAUAGCUCUGAUCAUGAUGUGUAUCACAUGGCAUUAGAAAUGCAACGAGAUGUCUUAGAACAAAUUCAGCAAUUCUUAGCCACUCAAUUAAUAAUGCAGACCUCAGAAUCUGGAAUCAGUGCUAAGAGCCUGCGUGGGCGUGAAUCAACACGAAAGCAGGAUGCUGCAGAGAAGGACAGUGUCCCAAUGGGCUCUCCUGCCUUCCUUCUCUCUCUCUUUCCAGCAACAGCAAGCGCUGUGACAUCAUCUGAUGACAAAAUACUGUUAACGAUCUCCGCAAAGCAGUUAUUUGCUGCUACCAGGAUGGUGGUACAAGAGGACGUCGCUGUGCAAUUGAAGCAGAUAUGAAAAUGAAGAAGUGACUAUCUCCAAUAGGACCUGAUGAUGUGAAAUGUGCAGCACUCUAUAAAGAUCAAUGAAGCUGUAUUAUCUUCAUCUGUAUUGAUGGGAAUGAAUUCUAUUGUACAGCCUUAUUUCUAGUGUACAGUUUUUGUUCUGAGAACAAUGUAUGUGCUGAAUAAAAUUAUUCAAACAGCCUGAAAGGCUUCAUGGAUUUUGAAACUUUAUAUAACAAAUGAAGUAAUGUUAAUAACUAUAGGAAAUAGAACAACUAUCACUUAAGUUAAUUAGCUUUAGUAAGUAUACAAGAAUUUCCAUUCAUGUAGAAAGUAGGGCAUUGCCUUUGUGCAUUGCUUAAGCUUUUAAAUGAAGUAAAUGUUGAAUAUCCAACAUAGGUUUUGAAACACAAGUUCCUUUGUUGAAUUGCCUCUGUAAUAGUCUUAUUUUUGGGUAAGUAUCUUCUAUCAUGAGAGUACAUUGUUUUUAUAAAAUUGCAAAUUUCUCUUCUAAGCUUGCUACAAGAGGAACAAUUACAGGAUAAGUAAUAAAUUAUUAGUAAGGUUUCAUAGCAGGCCUUCAGUACAGCUAGAAUUUGAAUAUGUAUAAUAACUGAGUUUUAUAAUCUAUUUAGGAUGAUGUUAGAUUAAGCUGCAGCCUCUCUGGUUAUAAUGUUCAGCCUAAACUGUGAGGUUGUGGUACACUCUUAAUAGAUUCCAUUUAAUAUUGUUGAUAAUAUUAGAAGAUGUGAUUGUUGUAUCAAAUGGUGCAGCGAAACACAUUUCCGAAAUUGGGUUCAAAGCACAUUGUUGGAGGACGUUUCAAGGAAGGUAUAUUCUGCUGUGGCCAUAUUAUGAUGGGUUAAAGAUUUUGAUGCUUGCACUGUAUGCCAAAACUGGGUAAAUGUUUCAUUACUCAGUUUCUGUGUCACUCAUCUCAAUGAACACAACAUCCAAAAGAUAAACUUCUAGCAAAAUUUGAGUUCUCUUCCCCAGGUAUGUUAUUUUCAUUGUGUGUAUAUAAUUUGUAUGUGCAUGAUAACAUAUCACUGUCAUACAUGGCAGUUAAUUUUACUUAUUUCUUAUAGUUUAAUUAUUGGCAAUUGGUAUGCACUUGUUACAUUGAAUUCUUUUUUGUCUGAAUUCCAUACCAUUUUCAUAUAAUUCACAUGAAUGGUGUCACGGUUAGCAUAACACUAUUACAGUGCCAGCGACCUGGGUUCAAUUCCCGCUGCUCUCUGUAAGGAGUUUGUACGUUCUCCUCGUGUCUGUGUGGGUUUCCUCCGGGUGCUGCAGUUUCCUCCCAUAUUCCAAAGACGGACAGGUGAGGAGCUGUGGGCAUGCUAUGUUGGCGCCAGAAGAGGCAACACUUGCGGGCUGCCCCCAGAACAUUCUCAGUAACGCAAAAAGAUGCAUUUCACUGUGUUUCGAUGUACAUGUGACUAAUCAAUAAAUAUCUUAAAAAAAUCUAAAGGAAAUUUUGAACUGGUCUGAACA